GUCCUGAUGUGGAGCAAAAGAUAUAUAGAGGGAUGAUAGUUUCAUUGCUAUACCUCACAGCAGGCAAGCCUGAUAUUGUGUUCAAUGUAGGAUUAUGUACCAGAUUUCAAGCAAAUCCUAAAGAGUCUCAUCUAAAAUCUGUACAAAAGAUUUUUAGAUAUCUCAAAGGAACCAGUGAUCUUAGUUUAUGGUACCCAAAAGGUAGUAAUUUCAACUUGAUUGGAUAUUUUGAUGCUGAUUAUGCAGGAUAUUUGGUUGACAGGAAAAGCACCAUAGGCAUGAAACACUUUCUUGAAUCAUGUUUGAUUACCUGGUCCACAAAGAAGCAAAAUUCAGUGGCCCUGUCUACUGCUGAAGCUGAAUAUGUUGCUGUAGGAUCUUGUUGUGCUCAACUAUUAUGGAUUAAGCAACAACUUAUGGAUUUUGGUAUAGAUGUUGGAUGUGUUCCUAUUUUCUGUGAUAAUACAAGUGCCAUUAACAUAGCCAAAAAUCUCGCUGAGGUGGAGGUUGCUCAAGCUGCAUUGGAUGCUGCACAGGCUGCUUAUGAGGAUGAAAAAGGGUCCUUCAAGCUCAAAUUGCUUCCCUCACUGCCACUUUAG